GUCACAAUUCAAUGCACUAGAACUACCCAUUUAUCGCACUUGUUUUUCUGUUUUCUUUUAUUAUUUCAUCACUUUUCCACUGUGAUCACCAAUCCUCUAUUUAUAUUCCCAUUUCUCCCUUUUCCUUUCUAUAAUAUCCCUAAAAGAGUUUGAGCAUUUUCUUGUGUGUUCAAAUUCAAACCAACUCUUUAGGGCUUGUAGUUCACUCUCUCGACCUAAAGGGUGUUGGUGGAACAUAAACAUCCUUUGCAUUAGGGUUUCCCAAUGGCUACCCUUCUUUUCGCCCUCGUCUCGAUCGCCGCCGCGUUGCUCGCCUCGACGACGCGCGUCGAGGCCCGAGCAUUCUUCGUGUUCGGGGACUCGCUCGUGGACGUCGGCAACAACAACUACCUGGCCACUACUGCACGUGCGGACGCCCCGCCCUACGGCAUCGACUACCCCGGCCGCCGCGCCACCGGCCGCUUCUCCAACGGCUACAACAUCCCUGAUCUUAUCAGUCAAGGCAUUGGUCAAAGUGAAUCACCUUUGCCAUAUUUGAGCCCAGCAAUGGGUGGCUCAAGAUUGCUAAAUGGGGCCAAUUUUGCAUCUGCUGGAGUUGGAAUCCUCAAUGAUACUGGAGUUCAAUUUGUGAAUAUCAUCAGAAUUGGGCAACAGUUGCAAUAUUUUCAGCAAUAUCAGUCAAGAGUAAGUCAAAUUGUUGGACCAGAAGAGACUCAAAGGCUUGUAAAUCAAGCUUUGGUCUUAAUUACUUUGGGAGGAAAUGAUUUUGUUAACAACUAUUAUUUGGUGCCAUUUUCGGCCCGGUCGCGCCAAUACUCUCUUCAGAACUACGUCCCCUUUAUCAUCUCCGAGUAUCGCAAAGUUCUAUCGAGACUUCACGAUUUGGGUGCACGCAAGGUUAUAGUGACCGGAACCGGGCCGCUCGGGUGCGUACCAGCCGAGCUGGCCCAGCGCAGCCGGAACGGGGAAUGCUCCCCGGAGCUCCAACGUGCGGCCGGGCUCUUCAACCCGCAGCUCACCGAUAUGCUCCUCUCGCUCAACUCGGAGAUCGGAAGCAACGUCUUCAUCGCCGCCAACACACAGCUCACGCACUACGACUUCAUCAGCAACCCCCAAGCAUUCGGGUUCGUGACGUCGAAGGUGGCGUGCUGCGGGCAGGGACCAUACAAUGGGGUAGGUCUAUGUACACCACUCUCCAACUUGUGCCCUAACAGAGAUGUGUAUGCAUUUUGGGACCCAUUCCACCCUUCUGAGAGAGCAAACAGAAUCAUUGUGCAGCAAAUCCUAACUGGAUCAUUGGACUACAUGAAUCCCAUGAAUCUCAGCACCAUCUUAGCCAUGGAUUCUCAGACAUGAAUCAUGAUGAACUCAUCAAGGCAAAAUUAUUAGUUUGUGAUUGGCUUUUGUUCUUUUCUUCAUUGCACAUUCAUGUUCAAGAUCAUAUGACAUGUGUUUCAAUUUGUUCUAGCUUUGUCUUUUUCUCAUAGUAAUUGUCAAGGGGAGGACUUCCUAUUUUUAUUUUACUUGUAUUUUUGGUUUUGAUUGAGGAAUUAUUAUGAUAUUAUCUUGUGGUAAUAA